AUGAAGCCUCAAGACGUACUCGCUGGGAAGAGCAGCCUGUGGAUCUUCGGCUACGGUUCUCUCGUCUGGAAGCCUGAUUUUAAGUUUAAAAGGAGCAAAGUGGGCCACAUCCAGGGCUACAAGAGGCGCUUCUGGCACGGAGAUAACUUCCACCGCGGGAAUGAUGAGUUGCCCGGAAGAGUCGUGACGCUGAUUGAAGAGGAUGACGCAAACACUUGGGGCGUGGCGUUUGAAGUCAGCGGCGCUCAGGCUGAAGAGUCUCUCUCCUACCUGAACGUGCGUGAGACAGUCUGUGGCGGAUACAUAACAAAGAUGGUGGACUUCUACCCUAAUGGCGAAGAGGCCUCACCGGUGCCUGCCCUCGUUUACAUCGCCACAGCCGACAAUGCGCUGUACCUGGGCCCAGCGAGCGCGGAGGAGAUCGGUGUGCAGAUUGCAGUGUCCCGAGGGAAAAGCGGCCACAACCUGGAGUAUCUCCUGCGGCUCGCAGAGUUCAUGAGGGAGAGCUGCCCCCACGUUCACGAUGGCCACCUGUUCGACAUCGAAGCCGCCGCACUUGAGGUCAUGGCGCUCCUGUUAGCUGCGCAGUAG